ACUAAAAACCAUCUCACUAAUGCUUCCUCCUUCACCUCCUCUCUCUCUCUCUCUCUCUAUCACUCUCUCUGCACAGACUCAAUCAGCUACAACAACAACAAAGACUAUUGCAAAUGCAGACCUCAAACUCACACUCCAUCUUUCACAACCUCAGAUCCAGAGAGCUCAACGGUUUCAGAGUUCGAAAACGAGCUCACAUAAGCGACGUCGCAAUGGGCAUCAAUGAGAUCGGAGCGGUGGCGGUGGAGCACCGCGGCGAGGAGACACCGCCAUUGGCUAUCUCAUUCUGCAAGACCAGUAAGAACUCGCAUAUCCUUGCGGUUUCCGAUGAGGACGGGUACGUGAGCUUGUUCGAUACUCACCGCAAGUUAUCAUCUUCUUCAUCCCAUCAAGAAAAUGCAGACAAAGCUAGGGUUUGUGAUUGGGUUGCGCAUCAUAAUGCGGUGUUCGAUUUAUGUUGGAUUAAGGAAGACACUCAAAUUCUGACGGCUUCUGGUGAUCAAACUAUGAAGGUAUGGGAUAUCCAGGAAAGGAAAUGUAUUGGAGUGUUGACGGGGCACACCGGAAGUGUGAAGUCUAUGUGUUCUCAUCCAAGUAAUCCAGAUAUUAUUGUCUCUGGUUCAAGGGAUGGGUCCUUCGCUCUUUGGGAUCUGAGAUGCAAUUUUAGUUCCAAAAGUUGGAAUAGGGAGCUUUGUAUAGGUUCAACUGCCAUGGUAAAAAGAGCACAUCUUUCCCCUCAAGCAAAACGCAUCAGGCGGAGCAAGGCAGCUUCUAUGAGCAUUACAUCUGUCCUUUAUCUCAAAGACGAGGUUUCCAUUGCUUCUGCGGGAGCAGUGGACAGCAUUUUGAAGUUCUGGGAUACCAGAAAUCUGAAAAGUGUGGUCACACAGACAAGUCCUCAUCCCCAGUCAACUGCAAAGGAAAGAAGAUUACAUGGUAUAUCAAGCUUGUCCCAAGAUUUAAAUGGAGUGUUUCUUUCAGCUUCAUGCAUGGACAAUAGAAUAUACUUGUACAACGUACUUCAGCUUGAAAAGGGGCCUUUGAGAUCAUUCUCUGGAUGCAGGAUAGAAUCUUUUUUUGUAAAGUCAGCAAUCAGCCCUGAUGCAGCUCACAUAAUCAGUGGUUCUAGUGAUGGCUGUGCCUAUCUUUGGCAGGUGAACAAGCCUCAAGAAGAUCCCCUAAAAUUGGAAAGCCAUGAUGGAGAAGUUACAGCAGUAGAUUGGUGUCCUUUUGAGGUUGGGAAGAUGGCAACUUCUUCAGAUGAUUUCACGGUUCGAAUUUGGAACACACAGAGCAGUUAUUGCUCAAGCACAAGAUCCCCAUCUUCCAUUCGAAGGAGAGUAAUGGCAAUCCCUAGUGCAGAAUGUAACAAGCUUAUGAAUAACGAACCAAGUUGUCUUAAAAAGGAUCCUGACAGUUUAUUUCCUUCCAAUGAAGUAUUAGUCCAAAGUAGCUCAUCCAACAGAAUCACGAUGCCCACAAUCAGUACUCCUGAGAGCCAGAAGAAGAAGUUAUUCCCAGGUUCUGAUUUAAAUGAAGCCUUUGAGAAAACCCCAGAAGCUGCAUUGAAGAGCCCAUCUUCUGUUUUGAACCCUCCUUCCUCCAUAAAAAGAACAAUCCGAGACUACUUUUUAGCGGCUUCAUAAUUUAUUGGUUUAUACCUCUGGUUUAAUUUUUAUAUACAAUAUGAUACUGAAGCCCACAUUUUACUGCUGGAUCAAGGGCUUGAGAAUAGAGAAGCAGGCGCAUCACUCUUUUCCAGAUUGUAGAGGCUGUAUUGGAAAUAUUGUAAAGCAGGAUACAGGAGGGUUGUUAGACCAUUACAUCUCAUCAAUAUUUACCUCGGAGUUCAUGCCAAUUUGGCGUUGGACAAAUAUUUGCCAAACUGGAAACGUGUUCACUGUGCUUAUAAAAAAUAGAGCAUUUUUGGAGCAGUUGUUUAAAAUCUUUGUUGCUCAUUCAUUGGCAUGAAUUUAUCAUGUAAAAUUUUUUGUUUUUUUUUUUUUUAUUUAAGGCUGUAAAAUAGUGAGUUGAAAAGUGAUGCCUGCAUAGACUGGUUGCCAGUUUGAAAUUCUGAAAUUGUGAAUGAACUGCCGGCAGCAUCCAGCUUCAAGGCUUCAUUUUGCCA